AUGGAAAUUCUGAUCUAUGUCUUGCUUCUUGUGCUUAUUGUACUGGGCACCCUGUCUGUUAUCCCAAGGUCUAACAGCAAAGGUAAAGGAAAUGGUGGAGUGCAUCCAUUAGGAAGUGGGAAGACAUCUAGAAGCUAUACAAAGAAAGAGGUUUCAACUCACAACACAAGGAAGGAUUGUUGGAUAAUAAUCAAAGAUAAGGUUUACAAUGUCACUUCAUACGUGGAGGAACACCCAGGUGGUGAUGCCAUCUUGAACAAUGCUGGAGAUGAUUCAACAGAGGGAUUUUUUGGGUUUGUAACUCAUCGUCGAUUGUUUACACUGCAUUCUGCCAUCAUUGCUCACGGAACAUGCUUUUCUUUUGCCACCGAGAAUAUAAUCUAUAAGUAUGAAUUUCAGAAUUGUUAG